UAUUCUUACUCAUUGAAAUUAUAUUGUCCGCUACCUUCUUUCUACCAAUCACUUCUUGAUAAAGGAAAAAAUCGCGAAAAUAACAUUUUUAGAGAAUAUAAAGUCAGUGACAUAUUUACUGGUUGAUUCAUAAAAUCAUUUUUAUUUUCUUUACCAGAUUUUGCUUUUAUUUUAUUUGAAAACGGUAAAACUCAUAACUUACAUCACUUACGUUUCCUAAAUUUGUGCCCAUCAUGAAAGGAACAGGAUUAAGUACUAGAAACUUUUGUUGGUCUUCGAUUUCUUCUCUUUUGCUGCCAAAAGUUCCGUUGGCUACUACCAAAGCCGACUCGUUGAUUUUGGGAGUUCGUCGUGACAAGAACGCAAUCUUGGAAGAAUUCCGUAAAGUAACCGAUUUGUUUUUCGAGACGAAACCUGAAGAUAAUGAUGUUCGUUUGUUUUGGAAUGUACAUGGAUAUACCCGUCUAGCUAUCGUACAAUUAAGUGAUCAAGUAACUGAGAAAUCAAUCAGAACCGCUGCUGCUGAAGCUUCUCGUUUGUUAAAAUCGAAUGGUGCAAAAUCCAUUGCCGUUGAUGGUAUGGGAUUUCCCAAGGACGCUGCUCUUGCCUCAGCAUUGGCUACUUUUGAUUUCUCCAUGAGAAGAGACCAUUUGGCCGUUUUGCAAGAUGGAAAACAUGUGCCAAAAAGUGAAUUGUUCUCUACUCCUGCACCAGAAAAGAUUUCCCUUCAGUUGUUCACUCCUUCUUCUUCUUCCAAGGAAGCGACAUCGGCUGCUGAGUCCAAAUUUCAUGAAGGUUUAGUUGAGGCUUCUGCUCAGAAUAUGGCUCGUUCUCUAAUGGAAUGUCCGGCCAAUUACCUUACUUCUAUCCAAUUUUGCAACUUUGCCAAAGAGCUUUUCAAGGAUUCUCCAAACGUUGAUGUUGAGAUCCACGAUGAGAAAUGGAUUGAUGAGCAACGUAUGAAUGGCUUGUUGUCCAUCAAUGCUGGUUCUGAUAUUCCUCCUAGAUUCUUGGAAAUCAAGUAUCGUGGUGCGACCAACGCAAGCGACAGUUCCGCUGCUGACGAAUGGCUCGGUCUUGUCGGCAAAGGUAUUACUUUUGAUGCUGGUGGUAUUAGCAUCAAGCCUUCAAUGAACAUGAAGGAGAUGCGUGCCGACAUGGGUGGUGCCGCAGUCAUGCUUUCAGCUAUCUACGCAAUGAAUCAACUUUCUUUGCCUGUCAACACUGUCUUUGUGACUCCUUUGACUGAAAAUCUUCCUUCCGGCUCUGCCGUCAAACCAGGUGAUGUUAUCUUUAUGCGCAAUGGUUUAAGUGUCGAAGUCGAUAACACCGACGCUGAGGGUCGUCUUGUCCUUGCCGAUGCCGUUCACUACAUCACCUCAAAUUACUCCACGAAAGCCGUUUUGGAAGCUAGCACCUUGACAGGUGCCAUGUUGGUCGCACUUGGUAAUGUUUAUACUGGUGCUUUUGUUCAAGGAGAAGAGCUUUGGAAAAAACUCGAAUCUUCCGCCGAGACAGCUGAUGAUCUCUUCUGGCGUAUGCCCUUCCAUGAUGCUUAUUUGAAGCAAUUAACUGGCUCAUCGAAUGCUGAUCUGUGCAAUGUCAAUCGCGCUAGUGGUGGUGGUGCAUGUGUUGCUGCCGCUUUCAUUAAAUGCUUUUUAGCCAAGAAGGAUGUUUCGUUUGCCCACCUUGACAUUGCUGGUGUGAUGGACAAAAAAUUGAAUGCCUGGGAUUGUGAUGGUAUGAGCGGCCGCCCUGUUCGUACCAUUGUUGAAUUGGCUCGUAAAUAUUAAACCCAAAAUAGAAAAGAUUAUUCCGUAUCAACCUUCCUUUCCUUCGAAGUAUAGUUUACGACUUAAUAGGAAUAAGAUUAUAUGACCUUUGACCGGUUUUUUAUUGUUCUACCCAUACAAUUAAGGAAUUUAAAUACAAGCUU